UUGCAUAACGACGUCCCACUCUAAGCCUCAGGAUGACAUAAAGGUCUGAAGACUCAGGCUUGGCUGUGGGGCUCAGGAAGCAGAGUGUGGGGGCGUCUCCACCAUGGACUGGGCUGCACUUCUCCUCACUGUCCUGGCUCACUGCACAGGGUCUUGGGCCCAGUUUGUGCUGACUCAGCCUGGCUCUGUGUCUGGGUCUCCAGGACAGACAGCCACCAUCUCCUGCACCCGCAGCAGCGGCAACAUUGGGAGCAACUAUGUGUACUGGUACCAACAGCGCCCAGGCAGGGGCCCCACCACUGUGAUCUAUGAAUAUAAGAACAGACCCUCUGGGGUUCCGGAUCGGUUCUCUGGCUCCACAGACAGCUCCUCCAACACUGCCUCCCUGACCAUCUCAGGGCUGCAGCCUGAGGAUGAGGCUGACUACUACUGUCAGUCUUACUAUGGUAGUGGUGGUACCUAUACUCACACAGUGCUGCAGACUCAGGGGGAAGUGAGACCAAAACCCCCAGAGCUUCCCCUUCUGGGUCUGCACUCAGCCUGUCCCCACCAAGCAGCCAGACUCACCUGCACCCUCAGCAGUGGCUUCAGUGUUGGCAGCUACUACAUAAACUGGUUCCAGCAGAAUCCAGGGCGCCCUCCCCGGUAUCUCCUGGGGUAUAAAUCAGACUCACACAAGCACCAGGGCUCUGGAGUCCCCAGCCGCUUCUCUGGAUCCAAGGACACCUUGGCCAAUGCAGGGCUCCUGACCAUCUCUGGGCUGCAGCCUGAGGAUGAGGCCGACUAUUACUGUCUUACAUUUCAUGGCAGUGGGAGCAGCUACAGUGACUCACAGUGGCUCAGAUGA